CUUGUGGUCGUACACGCAUCCCUGUUUUAGGAAAACUUGGGACUUUUGAAACUUGUUCUCUAAGACGAAUUCCUCUUAGAAACUUUUCGGAAACACCAGCAUAUUUUGCUUCAAAGGAUGGUGCAAGCAAAGAUAGUUCUGGAGAUGGAAGCAAGUCUGUCGGUGAGGGGGGUGGUAAAAAGUCAAGCUCUGGAAGCUCUGGGAAAGGAGGGAACCAGCUGCGCUGCCCGAAGUGUGGUGACUUGUGCACACACGUGGAGACCUUUGUGUCUUCCACCCGUUUUGUGAAGUGUGAAAAGUGUCACCAUUUUUUUGUUGUACUGUCGGAGGCAGACACAAAAAAGAGCAUCAUUAAAGAGCCCGAGUCAGCAGCAGAAGCUGUGAAAUUGGCUUUCCAGCAGAAGCCGCCACCUCCACCGAAAAAGAUUUAUAACUACCUCGACAAAUACGUUGUUGGUCAGUGUUUUGCCAAGAAGGUGCUUUCAGUUGCUGUGUACAAUCAUUACAAGAGAAUCUACAAUAAUAUCCCAGCUAACCUGAGACAGCAAGCAGAAGUUGAAAAGCAGACUUCUUUAACACCAAGAGAAUUAGAAAUCAGAAGACGGGAGGAUGAGUACAGAUUUACAAAACUACUGCAGAUUGCUGGAAUCAGUCCACACGGUAAUGCUUUAGGAGCAUCAAUGCAGCAACAAAUGAACCAGCAGAUACCUCAGGAAAAACGGGGAGGAGAAGUACUAGAUUCACCCAAUGAUGACAUAAAACUUGAAAAAAGUAAUAUUUUGCUGCUUGGACCAACUGGAUCAGGCAAAACCUUGCUGGCUCAGACUCUAGCUAAAUGCCUAGAUGUACCUUUUGCUAUCUGUGAUUGUACUACCUUGACUCAAGCUGGCUAUGUUGGUGAAGACAUUGAAUCUGUCAUUGCGAAGCUCCUGCAAGAUGCCAACUACAAUGUAGAAAAAGCUCAGCAAGGCAUUGUUUUUCUGGAUGAAGUAGAUAAGAUUGGCAGCGUUCCUGGUAUUCAUCAGUUAAGGGAUGUUGGAGGAGAAGGUGUUCAACAAGGCUUGUUAAAAUUACUAGAAGGCACAAUAGUAAACGUUCCAGAAAAGAAUUCUCGUAAACUACGUGGAGAAACGGUGCAGGUUGACACAACAAACAUCCUCUUUGUAGCUUCUGGUGCUUUUAAUGGUCUUGACAGAAUUAUCAGUAGGAGGAAAAAUGAAAAAUAUCUAGGAUUUGGGACACCAUCUAAUAUGGGAAAAGGCAGAAGGGCUGCAGCAGCAGCUGAUCUUGCGAAUAUAAGUGGAGAGUCUGAUCCACAUGAAGAUAUUGAAGAAAAGGAUCGCUUGCUGCGUCAUGUGGAAGCCAGAGAUCUGAUUGAGUUUGGCAUGAUUCCUGAGUUUGUGGGACGUUUGCCCGUUGUGGUUCCUCUGCACAGCCUAGACGAGAAAACCCUUGUACGGAUUCUUACUGAGCCACGAAACGCUGUGGUUCCUCAGUACCAGGCACUAUUCAGCAUGGAUAAGUGUGAAUUAAAUGUAACUGAAGAUGCAUUGAAGGCUAUAGCCAGACUGGCCUUGGACAGAAAAACUGGUGCAAGAGGUCUUCGAUCUAUAAUGGAAAAGCUGUUGCUGGAGCCCAUGUUUGAAGUGCCCAAUUCUGACAUUGUAUGCGUGGAAGUUGACAAAGAUGUUGUAGAAGGCAAAAAAGAGCCAGGAUACAUUAGGGCUCCCACUAAAGAUUCAUCUGAAGAAGAAUAUGACUCUGGCGUUGAGGAAGAAGGCUGGCCUCGACAAGCAGAUGCUGCAAACCAUUAAAUACUGUCAGAAUGCUCGCCUGCAUAAAGCGCACUUGGUUAUUUCCUUACGAUUGCCUCUGGCUUCAGUCUGAUACUAAAGGCAUUGGAUCUCUCUCGGAUAUGAUAUGUGAUGAGGAACUUUACUAGAUAAAUCAGAUUGUGUAUUUUAUUGCAAUGUCACAUUGAUUUAUUUGAUGGACAUUGUGUGGACUUGGAUGGCAUAAUGUUCAAAUAUGAAUUGUAUACUACACUUGUUCAAUUAAAAUGUAUAGCAAAUACAGCAGCACCUGGAUUGCUCUUUCUAGAAACUAAAACAGCAAUGCAGGUGCUGCCAAUAGUUAGAUUUUACAAUAAUGUUACUCUACAAAUGGGAAAUCAAGAUUAAUAAUUAGUAGAGGGUGAAUAAACUAUUAGCUCCUCAUAGGACUCACGGGGGUUAUGUUCAGGUCAGUGUUAGAUUUCUGGUGGUGGUAGAAACCUGAGGGGUGCUGGAGUGACUUGUUACAUUGGUGGGGGAGGA